AUGUCAAACACUAUCGAUGCGGUUGUUGGAGGCGAAUCAGCAACGUGGCCACCUAAUUACAGCAACUAUACAGAUCUCGAAGGAGACGACAUGCUGCAGGCAUUAGAGAAUGAGUCGAGAAGCAAGCGAGCACCUGGAAGUUAUCGAGCAUUCGUAUCCAAGUUGCUUCGACACAUGCGAUCGCAUCAAUCGGCACAGAGCGAGCAAGACAAACGGAUAAAAUCGUUGAAGUUGGAUAUAGCAGCAUUGAGCGAGUAUUUGGGAAACGCACGAAAGAACUAUGACGAGCUCGCCCAGUUUUUGCAAGAUGAACGGAUAUUGAGGAAAGAGAAGGAAGCCAAGGUCAAUGAAUUGCAGGAAGCAUUGAAGAAAGAAAAGGAGCGAACAAUGGCCGCAUCAUCAUCACCAGCACAAGCGUCAAUAUCUUCACCUUCAUUACAGCAACAUACACAACCACCCUCUUCUUCUCCUUAUCAGCAACCACAAUCAACAACCCCAGUAUCACAUCAACCUUCUCCCACCACCUCUCCACAUGUUCAACAUCCAACUACACCCACCAAUGUCACUGAGCAAUCCAUAGCCGCAUCAACCGCUGCUCUUCGUGCUCGAAUAACUGAAUUGGAACGGCAACUUAUACGCUCUGCUAAAGGACGACAAGCCAUUGAGAAGGAAAUGUUGAAUCAUGUGCGACAAGGAAGUGAGCUACGUGUACAAGUCCAGGAGCUCAAAGCGGAAUUAGCGAGAGUGAAUGCGCUUGUUCAGAGCAAGGAACAAACCAAUGCACAACUUCGCGGUGAUCUUGAACGCACUCAGCAAGCAUUUGGUGCAUGGAUGCAUCAGUUUUCUACAAGCAAUCCUCAGCUAUCACAACUACAACAACUACAACAGCAGCAGCAGCAACGUCCCAAUACCCAACAGCAACAGCCACCCAUUUCACCUACUCAUAAUAUCACUCCCCAGCAACAACUCUCUAUGGUCAUCCCACACUCAUCUCCACCAAUGACAAUGGCACCAAAUGCUGUUACGAAUAUCCCACAACAAGCACAACUACCACCAACAUCAUCCGCUGUAUACAACAACUCUGCCGCACCUAAUUUCAGACUUGCAUUGCCAGAGCGAAGAGUACAAUACGAUCAACACCACAAUCAUCCACAACAACACCAUCAAUUAUAG